AUGAAAGUGGGGAAGCCACCCACGAGGCUGCAGAACAAAGCCCCUAAAGCUCUGAAUCUGGAUCAGGUUCCGGUGGCCGCCGGAAUCACCUCCGGGACGGGAAGCAGCGCACCCAUUCCCCUCCUGUCACCCUUGAUUCUGUCUCCGGCAGCCGCGGAACCAGCUUCCGUACACGACCACUUCAUGUUUCCUGCGGUGUCUGGGGCGACCACCGACGGCGGCAACGGAGGAGAAGUUACCGAUGACCGGUCGUCGGCGGAGAGUGGUUACACAGAGCCCUCAUCACUGUACAUGUCUUUCCAGAACCAAUGCGUACUCAUCAACCGAGCACAGUGA